AUGGGAACGGGGAUAGUCUCAGUUCUCCUUCACAACCUGCCUUACAACGCAACAUGGAUCUCACAUGGUCUUGCCGGUGCCUUUUUCGUGCUCAACAUCGCUCUGUUUACCGUAUUCACCGUCAUCACAGUGCUGCGGUACGCAUUGUACCCCGAGAUCUGGAAGGCCAUGGUUGUACACCCUGCCCAGUCCAUGUUUCUUGGCUGUUUCCCUAUGGGGUUUGCCACCAUAAUCAACAUGAUGAUAUUCGUGUGUGCACCUGCCUGGGGCCAGUGGGUGGUGAAUUGGGCAUGGGCAUUUUGGUGGCUUGACGCCGCUCUGUCAAUGGCAACAUGCAUCUCGGUGCCCUUCGUCAUGAUUCAUCAACACCGUCCGGGACUUCAGGCAGUAACAGCCGCAAGUCUUCUCCCAAUCGUCCCAGUCGUAGUCGCAUCUUCAACUGGCGGCAUCGUCGCCGAGGCCCUCUCAAACCCAUCUCACGCCUUCACAACCCUGAUCGCAUCCUACGUUCUCUGGGGUAUCGGCAUCUGCUUCUCGGGCAUGGUCCUCGCGCUCUACUUCCACCGCCUGACGAUCCACAGCCUCCCGCCCAAAGAGGCCAUCGUCUCCGUGUUCCUGCCCAUCGGACCCCUGGGCCAGGGCGGCUUCGGCAUCCAGCAGCUCGGAAAGGUGUCCCUGAAGCUCUUCCCCCAGACUGCGGCUCUUGCCGUGGCGGCUCCGGGGGCGGUGCACGGCGGAGAGUUUCUCUACUUUAUCGGACUCUUCCUGGCGCUUGUCAUGUGGGGCUUCGCCCUCGUCUGGUUGUCGUUUGCUCUUAUCAGCCUUGCUACAAUGGAGAAGAUUCCUUUCAACAUGGGUUGGUGGGGGUUUACGUUCCCGCUGGGCGUGUUGGCGACCUGCACCGGCAUGCUGGCCCAGGACUUGGACAGCCCCUUUUUCAGGGUCAUGACCAUGAUCUUCUCGCUCUCUGUAUGCUUCCUCUGGCUGCUGGUUGCGGUGAGAACACUUCAUCAGGCUAUUUCUGGGGAAAUUUUCUUUGCGCCGUGCCUGAAGGAUAUCCGAGACAAGCAAGCGCAGGCAGGAUCGGAUAGAAGAGUUUGA